GGCGGCGGGGUGGUGGCAAGAUGGCGGUACAAGCGGUGCACCUGGAGGCUGAUGCCUUCCUGGUGUGCCUCAACCACGCGCUGAGCACCGAGAAGGAGGAGGUCAUGGGACUCUGCAUCGGCGAGGUUGAUACCAGCCGAAUUGUUCAUAUCCAUUCAGUGAUCAUUCUGCGCCGCUCCGAUAAGAGAAAAGACCGUGUGGAAAUUUCACCAGAGCAGCUUUCAGCUGCUUCUACUGAAGCAGAGAGGUUGGCUGAAAUGACGGGACGUCCCAUGAGAGUUGUGGGCUGGUAUCACUCUCAUCCUCAUAUUACUGUCUGGCCAUCGCAUGUCGAUGUCCGCACACAAGCUAUGUAUCAAAUGAUGGACCAAGGUUUUGUAGGGCUUAUCUUUUCCUGCUUCAUUGAGGACAAAAACACAAAGACAGGCAGGAUUCUCUACACCUGUUUCCAGUCCAUUCAAGCCCAGAAGAGCUCAGAAUAUGAAAGGAUUGAAAUUCCUAUUCAUGUUGUCCCCCAUGAAACCAUUGGGAAAGUGUGUCUGGAAUCGGCUGUGGAGCUGCCCAAGAUCCUUUGCCAAGAAGAGCAAGAUGCCUACAGGAGAAUUCACAGCCUCACCCAUCUAGACUCUGUAACCAAGAUUCAUAAUGGCUCAGUGUUCACAAAGAACCUCUGCAGCCAGAUGUCUGCCAUCAGCGGGCCGCUCCUUCAGUGGCUGGAGGACAGACUAGAGCAGAACAAACAGCGGGUGCAGGAGCUGCAGCAGGAGAAAGAGCAGCUUCUGGAGGAACUAGCGGCUUUAGAGUGAAGGAGGAAAUGCAGACCCUGCAGAAAAGUCAUGAAAAAGCUCCACAAGACCUACUCCUGGCUGAAGGGUGGCCCUACGUUGCCUUACAGUGAAGAUACUAGCUGUGCCUCUUCUCUUGCCCCAUGCAGCAAAGAGCACUUAUACAGGAAAAGGGCUUUUAUCUGCCCCUGCUUGAUGGAAAGCAGUGGUAUCUCCCCAGGUGCUGCAUGAUGCAGUGCAAUUCUAGCUC